CAUCUCACUCCAGCAUUCAUCCCGUUUCCACCAAUAAGCCCAAUGAGCUGAGUGCGCACCGCCCACUGUCGGUGUGUGUAUUUUUUUUUUCUUCUCCUCUCCCUUCCUUUUUUUUUUUUUAACCAGAGCUGGAUGUGUAGAUCGUCACAUGUUGUUUCCCCUCCUCAGUCCGGACACCAGCAGACAUGUGUUAUUUAUUGCUCAGCUGUGGGAGAAGACGAACGAACGCGCAACCGGCUCUGGAAAUAGAGGAUUAAAAUAAAGCGCGUCGUUUCUUCUGCAACUCGAGGAAAGGAAGCAUUGUGUCUGAUAGUGAAGGACGCGAGAAUGGCGAGUCCGCCAAACACGGGAGAUCAGCCGUUAUCACCAAGUAAUACGAACGUGAACAACAAUAUCAAGAAAUGUGGAUAUCUAAAGAAGCAGAAACACGGACACAAGCGCUUUUUCGUGCUGAAAGAGCCGAGCGAAGGUUUCCCUGCCCGGCUGGAGUACUACGAGAGCGAGAAGAAAUGGAAAAACAAAUCGGCCGCGAAGAGAGUUAUUCCUCUGGACUGCUGCCUUAAUAUCAACAAGAGAGCGGACGCAAAACACAAAUAUCUUAUUGCGCUUUAUACCAAGGACGAGUAUUUUGCCGUGGCGUCUGAAAACGAGCAAGAACAGGAGAGCUGGUAUCGGGUGCUGACGGAAUUAAUGGCAGAGGGGAAAGUAUACGACGGCUCAGCGUCCAACUCUGCGUCCUCGCUGGUUGGCUUCGACGAGGCGAGCUACGGUGUAAUAACGCCGGUCACCGCCGUCUACAAGGAGGUUUGGCAAGUAAAUUUGAAAUCUAAAGGCCUUGGGCAGAGCAGAAAUUUGACCGGGGUGUACAGACUCUGUCUCUCCAGUCGGACUAUCAGCUUUGUCAAGCUGAACACGGAGGUUGCCUCCGUCAUCUUACAGCUGAUGAAUAUCCGGAGGUGCGGCCACUCUGACAGCUUUUUCUUCAUUGAGGUUGGUCGAUCCGCAGCCACGGGACCCGGUGAGUUGUGGAUGCAGGCUGAUGACUCAGUGGUGGCGCAAAACAUCCAUGAAACUAUCUUGGAGGCGAUGAAAGCCAUGAAGGAGCUGUCGGAAUUUCGUCCGCGCAGCAAAAGUCAGUCAUCUGGUACAAACCCCAUCUCUGUGCCCACACGGCGGCACCUGAACAAUCUACCCCCCAGCCAGACCGGGCUUCCCCGGCGGUCACGCACUGACAGCAUGGCUGCGACCUCUCCUGUGAGCAAAUUUUCCUCCUGUCGAAUACGCACGGCCAGCGAGGGCGAUGGUACUAUGACACGCCCCAUGUCAGUGACUGGAAGCCCCCUCAGCCCAGGGGUCCACAGGACCCUCCUGAGCAGAUCUCAUACCAUUACAACGCGCCCUUAUCGGACAUUUGAAUCUUCUUCCCUCCAGCACAGUAAGUCGAUGUCUAUGCCUCUGUCUCAUUCCCCGCCCAUGGCAACCCCUAGCCUAGUGAGCCUGUCCUCCUGCCCAGACAGCAGUGCUCCUCGCCCCUCCAGCUGCAGUGCCUCCUUCUCGGGCUCCCCCAGUGAUGCUGGUUUUAUAUCAUGUGAGGAAUAUGGCUCCAGCCCCGCAGACGCACGGGACCUCAGGCUACCGCUUACCUUUGGUAGCAACACUCCUGAGUCUCUCAAAGCUGACACUCCCCCCUCCCGGGAAGGCAGUGAGCUUGAUGGAUACAUGGUGAUGGAGCGGCAGAAUCAGAGUGGUUACCGUCGGUUAUCAGAGCUGGAUAAGGCUUAUCGAAAGCGCACAUACUCCCUCACUACCCCCCGCCAGCAGAGGGGUCCCCCACAAGUAUCUUCUGCCUCCCUGGAUGAGUAUACUCUUAUGAGGGCCACAUACACCAGUGGAAGCCAGUCUUCUCGCAGGUGUCACACUGCGUCUCCUAAAGGGACCUAUCCCGAGGAUUACAGGGAUGUCCAGAUUGGCUCUAGCAGUCUCCAAGGUGACAGUGGCUAUAUGCCUAUGAUGCCAGGAGUGGCACCUCAGACAACAGGGUCCAAGGGUGACCCCUACAUGCCCAUGAGCCCCAUGUGUGUUUCUGCUCCAAAGCAGAUCAUCAACCCCCGUACACACUCCUCUUCAGCAGGGCUGGCCCCACGCACAGACUCCCCUGGGAGUGUUUCUCUGGAGGACAGUGGCUACAUGCGCAUGUGGUGUGGAACCAAGAUGUCAGUGGAGAGCACUGAUGGAAAGCUCACUAAUGGAGAGUACCUGAACAUGUCUCCUGUUGACCCUCUGGUGUCACUCACGCCCCCAGACUACAUCCUUAGUUCUCCAGGAGGAGAUCCCCACCCCCAGCAACAUCACAGACAGCCUUAUUCUUACAGCUCUCUGCCACGCUCACUUAAAAGCCAGUUGCAGCGCAAUGGGUCCACAGACACAGACCAGUAUGUGGUGAUGAGUUUACAGAGACAACGGAUAGAAGAGGAGUCCAACUAUUGUCCUGUCUCUCCAGGAGACUCUGUGGCCAGCAGCUCUCCAGGAACACCAGGCACCCCUUCCUCUGCUCCAUCUCCUCUCAGACUAGCUCGGGUAGACGGAGGUCUGGUACACCGAAGUAGGGUGUGUCGGCCCACCCGCCUGGCUCUGGAAUCCCUCAGAACCCUACCAUGUAUGAGUGAACACCCACUUCCCUCAGAGCCACGCAGCCCGGGAGAGUAUAUCAACAUAGACUUUAGUAGUACUAACCGCAACCCUCUGGCAUCCACAGUGUCAGAGAGCUCUGAGUCCUCUGUGAGUUCAUCGUGUGCAGAGAGGGGAUCCCUGCCACUAUCAGACUAUGUUAAUGUUGAUGUCAGCUCCCCGAGUCACCUGGGUACACACCAAGCCGGAGAAUCUCCCCCUGCAGUGUGCCUAAACUACACACCUGAAGUCUUGACUUGUCCUAGUCUGCUGAAUGCCCAGGACAUACAGGGAGAUGAGGGGGAAAAAGAGGGAAAAAGUAUAGAGGGACAGGCAGAGGUGAGGGGGGUGGUAGAGGAAUAUCCUCUCCAACAGCAGGUGAGCCUGGUGUGUCAGCCUGCUCCAGUCAAGGAUGACUACACUGAGAUGACUUUCAGUCCUCCCGCCCCUCUACCUGCUCUCUGCACCACCGAUACUGCACCCCUCCCCACCAGCCCCACUGCCUGCGUCCAGAGACUCAGCCUUGAGAACAGCAUCGUGGAUGGGGUUCCCCAUGUGCCGGUGGACUCUUUUCUCCUGGGGGCUCCUUCAUUGUCUGUCACCCUCGUGGACCCACACAGAGGGGCCAAAGUGAUCCGGGCUGACCCUCAGGGACGCCGGCGCCACAGUUCUGAGACCUUCUCCUCCACCACCACUGUCACACCCGUGUGCCCAUCCUUUGCUCAUGACACCAAACGACACAGCUCUGCCUCCGUGGAGAACGUAUCCCGCACUGUGCGCAGCUCUGAUGGACCCGAUGAGGACUACGGCAGCAGCAGCCCCAUGUGCAGGGAGACGUCAGCUGGUUAUCAGAAUGGACUCAACUACAUUGCCUUAAACUUGAUGGAGGGAAACCUAGGAGGAUGCAGGUUAGGGGGCUGUGAUGGACUCCUGAGAUUCAAGACAGCCUGUGGAUGCAAGGGUGGCAUGAAUGGUUUCAACACUAGCCCCUAUGCCAGCCUGGGAUUCAAGGAGACUGCUGCUGCUGUGAAAGAAUGAUGGCUGACGGGUCCUCCCACCCCCCGCCGCCCUCCGCUACUCUCCUUUUCCUGUGAACGUAGGAUUUCGCUGCAGCCUAGUGACGAGGUCGCCACAGCGACAGCUGGACCAUGCGCUGCAGCCGAUGUCCUUUGACCUCCUUGUCGUCUUUGAGGGUCACAGGGACGGCCAUCACCAUGGCAACACGGACACUUGACCCUUGCCCCAAAUCUUCCCUCUGCUUUUCUCGGCACCAAAACAUUCAGGCGCCAUUGCUGCUGCUGUACUAGAUUACUUAAAAGAUUCUUUAAAAAUGGACUAUUAACUCUAACUAUAGACAGGUAACUAUUUAUCUCUGUAUGUAGGCCUGCAAAAUGAUUCUGCAGUAUAUUAUGUUAAUUAUUAUUGUUGUUCCAUUCAUACACUUUCAGCUGGUUUUCUUUUGGUUUCAGCCAAUAGUUGCCAGAUACUCUCACCUGAAAAACCUGUGAACCAAACCUGGAGAACACGUGCGCACACACACAUACACACACACACAUGCAAAAAACCUUUCAUGCAUACAGAAUACAUAUAUUUAUUUAUUUAUCAUGUAUGUAUGCAUUUGGUGAAAUGUGUGUGUGUGUGGAUUUGUAUACAUGCAAAAAGAGGUGGCAUUUAUGAACAUAUUUAAAAAAAAAUCAAAAAUCAUUUGCUUAAAAAAAACCCUACCUCAGCAAAAACCAGGUUGGUACCAAUUCACACAGUUGAAAUAUAUAUAAAAUAUUUAUUUUCAGAGGUGAAUGUUUUUUAAAAAUCACCAAUCCAAAGCCUUACUCUAACCAUCAGUCCCCAGUCUGAUGGACCUUUUUAGUUUGGACCUAUAAACACGCAGUAUAUCAAAGAUUUAACUGAUUUAAGAGACUGAAUGUUCAUCAGAGCCGAAUGAGAGACAACCUCUCUGAGAUUAAGUUCCUUCUCUCCCCAUUUUACAUUUAUGACAAGAUAAUGUUUUAAAGAUCCAGAGUAAUAUAUUUAUUGAUAUGCCUGAGAUGGAGGAGUAUGAUUCAUAUACAGAGGACCUUAGAGGAAUACAGCAUUAACCAGGUCCAACCCGACCUGACCACCAAUAUCUGUGGCCUGUCUGAGCACAAGGCUCAGCACCUUUAUACAUUUUACAUUUGGACCCAACUUAUCCACUGUUCACCUGUAAUACCCUGCACACCCACACAGCCUGCAGGAAGUUAUGACCUGUCAGGACAAGGUACGGGAACAUGAAUGUUUGAAGUUAUUUAUAUAGAGUAACUGGACAGCCCAGAAUCUUACAUUUUCUCACCUGAUGCCUCAUUGCGGAGCUCUGUCACACCAGAAGGUUGGCUGGCAGGUGCGGGCAGCGCCGAGCAAUGUGGCGAACGCAGGACACAGUCUGAUUGGCUGUUCAGUGAGCCGCUCGAUAGCUUGAAUCCACCUGGCUUCCGCUGCCGCUUUGAGCUGAGAGAGAGCCAGACAGGACAUGCCAGAGCUAAUGCAUGGUCUUGCACUUACAAACUUUCUAGAUUGUAACACAAGACACGUUGAAUGUAGUACAUGCUGUGUUCUGAGGAACACACGACCCAAACAACACCACAACAACAGUGAAACAUGCAGAGGUACUGAGUGGAAAACUAGGACACAGACACGAGCCGAAUAUAAGAAACAAACCAGGGGAAGUAUCUCUUUAUUUAUCUGAACUCACUGGUACUUUAACCUUUGCCUAUAUACUGUAAAUAGUGCAACUUUACAGAGAAUUACAUCUAAGCAAAUGAUGAGAAACUUUGAGAGAUGUUAAGUUAAAUAACUUAUGCUGUUUGUACUGUACAUACUAUGUGUUUGAGUGAACUUUCUGAUACAACAAAAGCACUAAUUAAGUUAUAUGCUAACCAGUAUGGUUUGGCUUUGAUUUUCUUUUUUUUAAACUGUCUUGGGAUAGUCUUGUGAAACGGAUGCCACUAUGAGGACAUUUUCUAAUGCUGUAAUUCUGAAAAAAAAAAAAAAGAUUUUAAGAGAAAU